CAUCAAUUGAGUGUGUGUCACUAUAGAGUUCUGCCAUGGUGGGCCACAGCCUAGGAUGGCAUAGCAUGAUGAAGGUGCUCACCAUAGCACUGCUUCUAGUCACCCUGCAGUAUUCCCAUGCCCUGAGCCCCGCCAACUGUGAUGCUUCCGAGCCUUCGGCUGAGAAAGUUCUAGAGCUGAUCAAUAAAGGGCGGAGGAAUGGCUAUGCUUUCCAGCUGCUGCGAGUCUCUGAUGCUCACUUGGACGUAGUGGAACCGGCCACCGUCUACUACUUGGUCCUAGAUGUGAAGGAGUCUGACUGUUGGGUCUUAUCCACAAAACCCCAGGACGACUGUCUUCAAGCUGUUUCUAAGUGGCCAUCUGAAAUAGUGAUUGGACAAUGUAAGGUAAUAGCUACAAGAUAUUCAAACGAUUCUCAAGAUUUUAGAGUGAAUGACUAUAACUGCACCACGAGUUCUGUCUCUUCAGCCCUAGGCAACACCAAAGACAGCCCCGUGCUCUUGGAUUUCUUCGAGGAUCCCGAGCUUUACAGAGAACAAGCCACCAAAGCCCUCGACAAGUACAAAGGGGAGAACGGCGACUUUGCCUCUUUCAGAGUGGAGAAAGUGGAGAGGGUUGUGAGAGCGAGAGGAGGAGAAAGAACCAACUACUAUGUGGACUUCUCCAUGAGGAACUGUUCCACACAGCAUUUCCCCAGACACCCUCCUGUCUUUGGAUUCUGCAGAGCACUUCUGUCCUACAAUGUGGAAGCCUCUGAUUUGGAAGCCCCAGAAGACACUGUCAUCAACUGUGAAGUCUUCGACUUCGAGGAGAGAAACGUGAGUGACAUAAAAUCCCCUUGUGGCAAACAUAUGUGCAAGUUCAGUGGAUCCGGGGGUCGUCAUCAUACCCACAAGGCACGUGGACAUGGCCACCCACCUCCACCAGAAGGAACACACGACUCAGACAGACCACCACAUCAAGGAGGGUCCCUCCCACCACGCCACUCCCAUAGACCCCCUCAUAAUCACAGUUGUGAGCAUCCUUCCCAUGGACAUCACCCACAUGGACACCACCCUCCCGGACAUGAGCGUCAUAGACACCAUCCGCAUGGACACCCUCCCCAUGGACACCCUCCCGAUGGACAUGAUUUCCAUGACUAUGGACCCUGUGACCCACCCUCUAAUAGCCAAGAACUCAAAGAGCAGCAGCAUCGGGGCCACGGCCCACCACAUGGCCACGGCCCACCACAUGGCCACUCAGGAAAAAGAGGCCCAGGUAAAGGGUUCUUUCCUUUCCACCAUCGACAAAUCGGAUCCGUCUACCGACUCCCUCCACUAAAUACAGGUGAAGUUCUCCCUAGUCCUGAAGCCAAUUUCCCCAGCGUCUCAUUGCCAAAUUGCAAGAAUCCCCUACAACCAGAGAUUCAGUCCUUCCCCGAGGUAGCCUCGGAGUCAUGUCCUGGGGAAUUCAAGAGUGAGUUUCUACAAAUUUCUAAGUUUUUUGCAAAUAUGCCUCCAAAAUAAAACCUGAUUCCUUGGUAGGGGGAAAAGGGACAAUGUCCUGAAUAAAUAAAAUGUGAGCAGUAAGAAAUGAAAA